CUAGUGUAGAGUUCAAAGUUGACAAGCAAACGGAACAUCAACAAAGCAACUAGAAAAUAGACACGUAACAGCGAGUUAGACUAAUUUUUCAUUUAAGCAGUUAGACAGUAAACCAAAUCUUACAUAUAAUAAUAAUCGUGCAUUUCAAUCGAAAAAUGACAAGCAUAUUAUCAAAACAAAGUUUAAUUUUGACCACUUUCAGUCUUGCCUUGACUCGACUUUCUUACUGCUCUGUCACAUACUCGAAUAUACCGUCGAUAGCCAACUAUUUUGGAACGAAAGGGCGGUAUGAAGAGGUAAACCCUUAUUUGUUAAACAACAUUACAUUGGUCAAUAAAUCGUUUUUAAUACCGACUUCAUCUGAAGGGUGUAAGCCCGUUCAUGUAACUGCAAUCAUACGACAUGGGACCAGAUAUCCCACCGUUAAAAACAUAAAGCGAAUGCAACGCCUGUAUGAUUUGGUGAUAAACGAAGCCUCCAACGAUGAAACAUGGUUGGAGGAGAUCAAAAGCUCCUGGAAGAUGUGGUAUACUGAUGACAUGGAUGGCAAACUUGUAGAGAAAGGCAGAGACGACCAUAGAUAUUUGGCAGUGCGAUUGUCCAAGCUGUUUCCGUCUUUACUCAGCGAAGCAAAUCUGAGACAUCACCGUAUCAGGUUUCAGACCAGCUCCAAGCACCGCUGUGUGGACAGCAUCGAGGCCUUUCAACAAGGCCUUCACAAACACUGGGGGCUGGAAGAGGUGUGGUAUCGACAUGAGGUGAACGACAAACUCAUGCGUUUCUUUGAGCACUGCCGCGGCUUUGUGGAGGCUGUGGAAAACAACAAGACUGCCCUGGCGGAGGUGAAGAAGUUCAAAGAGGGGCGGGAGAUGGGAGACGUUCGGAGGAAGAUGGCCCAACAACUCAACGUGCCAUAUGAACGCGUCACGCCAGACAUGGUGGAGGCAGCGUUUUUCCUGUGUGCCUACGAGUUUGCCAUUAAGUCCCUGCACACCCCAUGGUGCCACCUCUUCGAUCUGAAUGACGCUAAGGUGUUGGAGUAUAAGAAUGACCUGAAGCAGUUCUGGAAGAGGGGUCAUGGCCACAGCAUCAACAGCAGGUCCAGCUGUGUGUUGUUCCAUGACCUGUUCAACCGGCUGGAGCUGGCCGUCCAGCACCUCAGGCUAGGCCAGGAGCUGCCCGAGGCCGUCACCGUCCAGGUGGGGCACGGCGAGACGCUGCUCCCCCUUCUGUCCCUGCUGGGCCUCUACAAGGACCCAGCCCCGCCCACCGCAGACAACUACUCCCAACAGCACGGACGAAGUUUCCGUACCAGUGAGAUCGUCCCCUACGCCGCCAACAUGCUCUUCAUCCUGUACGACUGUCGCGACGGACCCAGAGUCCAGUUCCUCCUGAACGAGACGCCGGUUCGAUUCCCGGGGCUGACGUCGGAGACAGAAGUGCCCCUGUACAGUGAAGUUCGCCAGAAAUACCGGGAGCUGUUGGAGGGAUGCGACGCGCAGAAGGAGUGUGAGUUCGGAAUCCGGCCACAGUAUCGUGGUCACCAUGGAAACACCGAACUAUAGAAAGCUCACAGCUCACCAAUAGAGGAGCUCCUGUUCAACCCCAUUCUGACUGAACUACAAAGAGGCAUUAUAUGGCAGAAGGUUCUACAAACAGAAGACACUUUUCUGGAGUAAGACUCUCACGAUACAGAAUUGAUUACCUUUUUGGUGAACCGUAAUAGGGUAUUUUCAGGUAGGUAUAAUAUUUUACCGUCUUUUUAGGCUGAUUUUGAUCAUGAAAAGCUUUAUAUGUUUAUGAUUAUGGGUAUUUAAUCUUGGAUUUUGUAUUGAAACAUUGUGGGAUUUGAGAUUAGUUUUGACUGAUUUAGGGAUAUUUUAAGGUAAUAUAUUUUAAGUUUACACAUGGCUUUGGUUAGAAAAUAGGAUUUUGUCAUAAGGCAAUUGUAAUGAGGUGAUGAACUGUAUUGUUAUUCAAUACUGUUACAUCAUUUUAAUUAUUUUUCUACUGUUUGAUUUGAGUGUUUUUUUAUAUUUUUUUUACAAAGUUAAAACACUGGGAUUUAUUAUAUUGUCCUGAAAUCAUUACCAAAGUAGUCAGUUUAGUUUUAUCUUGAAAUACCAGUUUACAUUAGUUUUUUAAGCAAUUCCGUUUUUGGUGAUGGGAUCAUUUCUAUGGAAAUUUUAGCUCUGAGAUGAAUGCCAAAAUGUGCCUUUUUUCAUUACAAGCUUUAAUAAAUAUUCUUAUUGAUAGGUAAACUUGAUCUUUAAUUAAGUUUCUGAGCUGCAAUUCAAAUAAAGUAGAGGAAGCAUAACAAUUACAAAGCUAGUCAAACCAAAUGUUGGGGUACUUACCUUGUAAAAUAGUUCAAUUUAAAGUCUAAAUGUAUAAGACUGAGCCCCUCCCAGUUAGUAGGCGGGAGACUUCGUAUUCAAUAAACUCAGUGGAUUAGUACGAUUCUCGGGAAAAAAAAGAGGGGCUGGCAAGCACUUUAAUUGUAGAAUAUAUCAUUUAUAGGGUGGGCUUUUAUUGAUAACAUUAUUGAAAUCACUGUCGUCCAGCAUUGACAUGUACGUCAGUCAUUUUAAGCUAUGAGCUCAAUUUGAAUUUUUCACAUUGCGACUUUAAGACCAAUUUAAGCCACUUUACUUUACAAUGAGAUUGUUUGAGGAAAGCCAGCACUAAUCCUACACCCCGUUUCAAAAGUUGAGUGAUGCAUUGGACAAAACUUUGCGUCUUACGUAUUUUUAAUGAACCAAUAAAAUACACACACCAGCCCAAUGACAAAUCUAAAAACACCUUUUAACUGAAAAUGUCAGCCUACUCAAAGCAUCCACAAUAGUUUUAUUUAUAUCAUAUUCACAAGGAAAAUACACAAUUAAACCACGCCUUGAGUACACAACGGUCCUCAAUUCUUCCCUUCUCCGGAGUUCCUUAGAGGUAAUGAAUUAGUAUGGCCUCUAUAGAAAGCAGUGCCCUCUUGACAGUGCAUUCUUACAUUGAAAAUGUACCCGUUUUACAUAAAAUAUUGAAAAAUAAUCCCACCAAUUCUAUAAUAACCAGUUUUUUCUGAAUGCUUAAAACCUGUGAUUCCUAAGAGGCUGUUCCUGAAACCAUUAACACUUGCCAAUACCUUUACCAAGUAAGCCAAACUGAAUUUUCAUCAUAACAAACAUUAGAACCAUAAAAUAUGUUUAGAACAAAACACACUUUAUGCAAAACUGUAAACAUCUCAUUGCUGCCCACUCAUUUUGCAACUGAAUAACACUUCUAGCAGAACUGUGCGCAUUGGUCUCUACAUUGAUGCACAAUUUCUCCAAUUGCGAUACCACAUUGACAAAUUCUAUUGAAUACUCUGCAUGAUGUUGGAGUAGUAGUCCAAAACACUCUGCACUGAGAAAAUAAAUAACUUUUCCUUAUUUGUAUCUGUCUUUUUGCAAAAUAGUUUAAGAAUUUCUGCUUUUGCAAGAGAUGUCAUGUUUUGUUGGUUUGCUACAAGGUUUUGUGAUAAG